AUGGUAGAGCUGCCAGGAUCUGAGAGUGACCUGAAGUUCCGGAGCCGCAGCUGCCAGGAUUCCUGGUGCCACUCUGCAGUGAGGUGGCAAACACCCGAGAAAGAUCAGUUGUCAGAGAUUGGCCAUGGUGUCAGAUUUGGUUUUGUGCACCUUCACUUCGGGUUGCUUCUUCGACUCCAAGUGGAGAUGUUGUGCAGACAGUUAAAUAUGAGCCCUGAUUCAGUGGCGAGGCCUCGAAGUAGAGGAAAAAUUACAGUGGAAGAUGAGGACAGCAUGGAUGGACUGGAGACAACAGAAACAGAAAAUAUUGUGGAAACAGCAGAAAUCAAAGAACAGUCUGCGGAAGAGGAUGCUGAAGCAGACGUGGACAGCAGCAAACGGCCAGUCUCGGGCCUCGAGCACGCUGGGUCCGCGGACUCCGCGGGCUCCCUGGUCUCCGUUGGCGUAGAAGUCAAAAUCAGUGAACAGCUCUGCGCUUUUUGUUACUGUGGUGAAAAAAGUUCCUUAGGACAAGGAGACUUAAAACAAUUUACAGUAACGCCUGGGCUUCUCUUGCCAUGGAAAAGCCAGCCUUUUAACCAGAAGGACGUUGAUGAGAGCAACAAUGGGACCUGUGACAAAAUACAAAACUCAGCAUCACGAAAACAAAGAGGACAGAGAAAAGAGCGAUCUCCUCUACAGAACGUAGUAUCUUGCGUAAGUGUGAGCACGCAGACCGCUUCGGAUGACCAGGCUGGUAAAUUGUGGGAUGAGCUCAGUCUGGUUGGGCUUCCAGAUGCCAUUGAUCUCCAAGCCUUAUUUGAUCCUACAGGCACGUGCUGGGCCCAUCGCCGGUGCGUGGAGUGGUCGCUGGGGGUGCGCCAGCCGGAAGAGCUGUCGUCGGUGUGCGUGGACGGAGCUGUCCUCUCAGGGAGCACAGAGCGUUGUGCGUUUUGUAAGCACCUUGGAGCCACUAUCAAAUGCUGUGAAGACAAAUGCACCCAGAUGUACCAUUAUCCUUGUGCCGCUGGAGCUGGUACCUUCCAGGACUUCCGGAACUUCUUCCUUCUGUGUCCAGAGCACAUCGACCAAGCUCCUGAGAGAUCAAAGGAAGAUGCAAACUGUGCAGUGUGCGACAGCCCGGGAGACCUCUUAGAUCAGUUCUUUUGUACUACUUGUGGUCAGCACUAUCAUGGAAUGUGCCUGGACAUAGCGGUCACUCCAUUAAAACGUGCAGGUUGGCAAUGUCCUGAGUGCAAAGUGUGCCAGAACUGCAAACAAUCGGGAGAAGAUAGCAAGAUGCUAGUGUGUGAUACGUGUGACAAAGGGUAUCAUACUUUUUGUCUUCAACCAGUUAUGAAAUCAGUACCAACCAAUGGCUGGAAAUGCAAAAAUUGCAGAGUAUGUGUAGAGUGUGGCACACGGUCUAGCUCUCAGUGGCACCACAAUUGCUUGGUAUGUGACAGUUGUUACCAACAGCAGGAUAACUUAUGUCCUUUCUGUGGGAAGUGCUGCCAUCCAGAAUCGCAGAAAGACCUCCUUCACUGUAAUAUGUGCAAGAGAUGGGUUCACUUAGAAUGUGACAAACCAACAGAUCACGAGUUGGAUUCUCAGUUCAAAGAAGAGUAUAUCUGCAUGUAUUGUAAACACUUAGCCGCUGGAAUGGACCCCUUGCAGCCAAGUGAUGAAGUGGAGAUGGCCGACGUCCCUGCAGAUUGUAACAAUGAAAUGGAAGUCGAUGGACCUGAAGACCAUCUGGUAUUCCCAGAGCGAGCAGUUAACGGAGACAUCAUUGGUCAGGAGUCCACACCUGGAAUUGUUCCAGAUGCCGCUCCACCCCGUACAGAAGAGCAGGAGGAGAGUAACUCGCCAGAGAGUCUCGGUCCACGUGGUCUUCUCGUUUCUGAAUCAUCUCAAGAUAAAAUGAAUCCUGAAUUGGAAAAUCAGAUUUCUCAAGAACUUGAUGGUGAAAAAAUGGAACUGUCUUCUAAAAUGAUGCAUGUUUGUGAUGAAAAUCAAAAUGAAAACAAGAUGGAAGUGACGGAAAUCGCAGAUGUCCUCACACAGCAGAGCGCUGCGCAGCACGAGGCCCUGCAGCCGGAGGGGCCCGGAGUGCUCGCGCCCACGGAGGAGUCGCGGCCUCCAGGAUUGUCCGUGGAAGCUGCCUCUGGCCCGCCAGAGACCCCAGGGUCCCCGCGUGAGGGAAGUACUUCUUUAUGUUCUAAGGAACAGUUGGCUGUAGCAAGGGUACAAGAAGAAAUGGAACAGAAGGAACGUUCUGAAUCUUCUGCUGCAUUUAUGGACUUUGACACGGCUCCUGUUGUGGAGAGUUGUGUGAAAGGUGGCUUGUGCCACGAAGACAAAUCUGUAAAAUUGCCAUCAGAGACCCAGCUGUCCCUCUCUCCCGCGGCCGGCGCCCGCCAGGCCAACGCGGCUUCCUCCCCGCCCUGCUCGGACUUGCCUUCCCAGGGCGCGAUGCACAGCUACCCGUCAGCCCUCAGUGCUUCUGUUGGAAACAUCAUGCCAACAACUUACAUCUCAGUCACUCCAAAAAUUGGCAUGGGUAAACCAGCUAUUACCAAAAGAAAAUUUUCUCCUGGUAGACCUCGGUCCAAACAGGGGGCUUGGAGUACCCAUAAUACAGCGAGCCCACCUUCCUGGUCCCCAGACAUUUCAGAAGGUCGGGAAAUUUUUAAACCCAGGCAGCUUCCUGGCAGUGCCAUUUGGAGCAUCAAAGUGGGCCGCGGGUCGGGGUUCCCGGGGAAGCGGAGACCUCGUGGUGCAGGGCUGUCGGGGCGAGGCGGCAGGGGCAGGUCCAAACUGAAAAGCGGCAUCGGAGCAGUCGUGCUGCCCGGGGUGUCUGCUGCAGAUCUUUCAUCGAGUAAGGAUGAAGAAGAAAACUCAAUGCAUAAUACAGUGGUGUUGUUUUCUAGUAGCGACAAGUUCACCUUGCAUCAGGAUAUGUGUGUAGUUUGUGGCAGUUUUGGCCAAGGAGCAGAGGGAAGGUUACUUGCCUGUUCUCAGUGUGGUCAGUGUUACCAUCCAUACUGUGUCAGUAUUAAGAUCACUAAGGUUGUUCUUAGCAAAGGCUGGAGGUGCCUUGAGUGCACUGUGUGCGAGGCCUGUGGGAAGGCCACGGACCCCGGACGGCUCCUGCUGUGUGAUGACUGUGACAUAAGCUACCACACCUACUGCCUGGACCCUCCUCUGCACACGGUGCCCAAAGGAGGCUGGAAGUGCAAAUGGUGCGUCUGGUGCAGGCACUGUGGGGCGACGGCUGCGGGCCUGAGGUGCGAGUGGCAGAACAACUACACGCAGUGUGCGCCCUGCGCGAGCCUGUCUUCCUGCCCGGUCUGCUGCCGGAACUACCGGGAGGAAGACCUGAUCCUGCAGUGCAGACAGUGUGACAGGUGGAUGCAUGCGGUUUGUCAGAACUUAAAUUCUGAGGAGGAAGUGGAAAAUGUAGCUGACAUCGGUUUUGAUUGUAGCAUGUGCAGACCCUAUAUGCCUACGUCAAAUGUGCCUUCCUCGGACUGCUGUGAAUCCUCGCUGGUAGCGCAGAUCGUCACAAAAGUGAAAGAGCUAGAUCCGCCCAAGACAUACACCCAGGAUGGCGUGUGUUUGACUCAGUCAGGGAUGACACAGUUACAGAGCCUCACAGUUACGGUCCCACGAAGAAAACGGUCCAAACCAAAGUUGAAGUUGAAGAUCAUAAAUCAGAACAGCGUGGCUGUCCUUCAGACCCCUCCAGACAUCCAGUCAGAGCACUCACGGGAUGGAGAAAUGGACGACAGUCGGGAAGGAGAACUUGUGGACUGUGAUGGGAAAUCAGAAUCUAGUCCUGAACGGGAAGCUGCGGACGAAGAAGCGAAGGGGGCGGAAGGAGCAGACGGUGUCAAAAAGAGAAAAAGGAAACCGUACAGGCCAGGCAUUGGGGGAUUCAUGGUGCGGCAAAGGAGUCGAACUGGGCAAGGAAAGACGAAAAGGUCCGUCAUGAGGAAAGAUUCUUCAGGCUCCAUUUCUGAGCAGUUACCAAACAGAGAUGACGGCUGGAGUGAGCACUUAACAGACACACUAGUUGACGAAUCUGUUUCUGUUACUGAAAAUACUGAGAAAAUAAAGAAGAGAUACCGAAAAAGGAAAAAUAAGCUUGAAGAAACGUUCCCUGCCUAUUUACAAGAAGCUUUCUUUGGAAAAGAUCUUCUAGAUACAAGUAGACAAAACAAGCUAAGUUUAGAUAAUCUAUCAGAAGAUACAACUCAACUUUCAUAUAAAUCAAACAUGAACACAAAUUUCUUGGAUCCUUCCUUAGAUCCACUACUUAGUUCAUCCUCAACUCCAGCAAAACCUGGAACUCACGGUGCGGCCGAUGACCCCUUAGCUGACAUUUCUGAAGUUUUAAACACAGACGAUGACAUUCUUGGGAUAAUUUCCGAUGACCUUGCAAAAUCAGUUGAUCAUUCAGGUCUUGAUUUAUGCACUUUCCAGGUUGAGAGCUCACCUUUUCCAUUUGCCGGAAUAGACAUCGGCCCCGGUGCUGAUGCUCCAUCCUCUUUGCCUCAGCCAAGUGGCAAUCCCUGUUCACGGCCGCUAAGUGAAGAGCAGCUGGACGGAAUCCUCAGUCCUGAGCUAGACAAAAUGGUCACAGAUGGAGCGAUUCUUGGGAAGUUGUAUAAAAUUCCAGAGCUCGGAGGGAAGGACGUGGAAGACUUGUUCACUGCGGUGCUCAGCCCCGCCGCCGCGCAGCCGCCGCCCCCGCUCCCGCAGCCCCCUGCCCGCCCUCGUUUGGAGAAUGACCCCCUCACCUGGCCGCCUGGUGCUCACUGGUCCCAGUUGCACUGCCAUUUCCCCAGUGAUGUUUUUUCACGGAUGCCACUCAUGAAUGGCCUUAUUGGACCCAAUCCUCACCUCCCACAUAAUUCUUUACCUCCUGGAAGUGGAUUGGGAACCUUCCCUACUGUAGCCCAGUCUCCUUACACUGAUACCAGGGAUAAAAAUCCAGCAUUUAACCCGAUGGCAAGUGACCCUAACAGCUCUUGGACAUCGUCAGCUCCCGCAGUGGAAGGAGAGAACGACACGAUGUCAAACGCCCAGAGGAGCACCCUGAAGUGGGAGAAGGAGGAGGCGCUGGGCGAGAUGGCCACGGUGGCUCCGGUUCUCUACACAAACAUCAACUUCCCCAGCCUGAAGGAGGAGUUCCCUGACUGGGCCACCAGAGUGAAGCAGAUUGCCAAGCUGUGGAGAAAAGCGAGCUCGCAGGAGAGAGCGCCUUACGUGCAAAAAGCCAGAGAUAACAGAGCUGCCUUACGCAUUAAUAAAGUACAGAUGUCAAAUGAUCCUCUGAAGAGGCAGCAUCAGCAAGACAGCAUCGAUCCUGGCUCUCGCAUUGAUUCGGACCUUUUUAAAGAUCCAUUAAAGCAGAGAGAAUCAGAACAUGAACAGGAAUGGAAAUUUAGACAGCAAAUGCGUCAGAAGAGCAAGCAGCAGGCGAAGAUCGAAGCCACGCAGAAGCUGGAGCAGGUCAAGAACGAGCAGCAGCAGCAGCAGCAGCAGCAGCAGCAGCAGCAGCAGCAGCAACAGUUCGGUGCUCAGCCCCUCGGGGCCCCGUCUGGCUCAGACACGCCGAGUAGUGGCAUCCAGAGCCCCCUGACCCCCCAGCCCGGCAACGGAAACGUGUCUCCUGCACAGUCAUUCCAUAAAGACCUGUUUACAAAGCAGCUCCCCGGCACCCCCUCGUCCGCGUCCUCAGAUGAUGUGUUUGUAAAGCCGCAAGCCCCUCCCCCCGCCGCAGCCCCGGCCCGCGGUCCUGCCCAGGAGAGCCUGGCUCCGCCUCCCACUUGUCAGCCUCCUUUACCGCCGGUGUUCGCGCCUGGGUCCUCUCACUCCCGGCCACCGUCUCCCGUGGAUCCGUACGCGAAAAUGGUUGGUACUCCAAGACCGCCUCCUGGGGGCCACGGCUUUUCCCGAAGAAAUUCUGCUGUCCUGGUGGAAAACUGCACUCCUCUGCCUUCGGUCCCUAGGCCCGCUCAAGUGGGUGAGGCCGCAGCAGGUAGGCCGUCCCCAGUCAGAGACUUAGGUCCCUCCUCCACAGCAAAUAGUGACCCCUAUGCAAAGCCUCCAGACACACCUAGACCCAUGAUGACCGAUCCGUUUCCCAAACCCUUGGGCCUCCCCCGCUCUCCUCUAGUUUCUGAACAGACUGCAAAAGGCCCUCUGGCAGCUGGCACCAAUGAUCACUUUAGUAAACCGUCUCCUAGGGCAGAUGUGUUUCAAAGACCGCGGAUACCCGACCCAUAUGCACGACCCUUGUUGACACCCGCACCUCUUGACAGUGGUCCUGGACCUUUUAAGACUCCGAUGCAGCCCCCUCUGUCUUCCCAGGAUCCUUAUGGAUCAGUGUCACAGGCACCCCGGCGAUUGUCUGUGGACCCUUACGAAAGGCCUGCUUUGACACCGAGACCUUUAGAUAACUUUUCUCACAGCCAGUCAAGUGAUCCGUAUGGCCAGCCUCCCCUAACCCCCCAUCCGGCAAUGAAUGACUCUUUUGCCCAUCCUUCAAGGGCUUUUUCCCAGCCUGGAACCCUGUCAAGGCCAACAUCUCAGGACCCAUAUUCCCAACCCCCAGGAACUCCACGACCUGUUGUAGACUCUUACCCCCAGCCCUCAGGAACAUCUCGCUCCAAUCCAGACCCCUACUCUCAGCCUCCUGGAACUCCCCGGCCCGCCACGGUAGACCCUUACGGUCAGCAGCCGCCAACCCCGAGGCCGUCUACGCAAGCAGACUUGUUCGUUCCACCUGCCUCUAGUCAGAGGCAUUCAGAUCCAUAUGCUCAUCCUCCUGGAACACCAAGACCUUACUCUCAGCCACCAGCAGCGCCCAGGCCACGGAUUUCAGAGGCUUUUACGAGGUCCUCAGUGACACGACCAGUCCUCAUGCCAAAUCAGGAUCCUUUCCUGCAAGCAGCACAAAAUCGAGGAGCAGCUGUAUCUGGUCCAUUGAUAAGGCCACCUGAUCCCUGUUCCCAAACUCCUAGGCCGCCUGUACCUAGUCUCUCAGAAUCCUUUAACCGAGUUUCCCCGUCUGCUACUCGGGAUGCCUACGAUCAGCCUUCAGUGACUCCAAGAUCUCAGUCGGACUCUUUUGGAACAGGUCAAGUUGCUCAUGAGAUUGUUGAUCAGUCAAGGCCUGGAUCAGAGGGGAGCUUCAGUGCACCCUCAAACUCUCCAAUGAGUUCUCAAAGCCAACAGUUUUCCAGCGUCUCCCACCUUCCUGGACCUGUACCAACUUCAGGGGUCACUGAUACACAGAAUACCAUAAAUAUGUCACAAGCAGAUACAGAGAAGUUGAGACAGCGGCAGAAGUUACGGGAGAUCAUCCUCCAGCAGCAGCAGCAGAAGAAGAUGGCGGGUCGGCAGGAGAAGGGAUCCCAGGACGCCACGGCGGGGCCUCUUCCGGCACCUCUGCAGCACUGGCAGCCCGACGGCGCGGGCCCGGCUUUUGCUAGGCCUCCGCCCCCCUAUCCCGGGAGCAUCAGGUCUCCGGUUGUCCCUCCUCUGGGACCUAGAUACGCAGUUUUCCCAAAAGAUCCACGUGGACCCUAUCCUCCCGAUGUUCCUGGGAUGGGGAUGAGACCUCAUGGAUUUAGAUUUGGAUUUCCAGGAGGUAGCCAUGGUGCCCUGUCAGGUCAGGAGCGCUUCCUUGUACCUCCUCAACAAAUCCAGGGGUCUGGAGUUCCUCCCCAGCUCAGAAGAUCAGUAUCUGUAGACAUGCCGAGGCCUUUAAAUAACUCACAGAUGAAUAAUCCAGUUGGCCUUCCGCAGCACUUUCCACCACAGAGUCUACCAGUUCAACAGCACAACAUCCUGGGUCAAGCGUUCAUUGAACUGAGGCACAGGGCGCCUGACGGAAGGCCGAGACUGGCCUUCGCUGCUUCUCCCGCUGGUGUCCUAGAGGCACCUUCUCAUCCAAGACAUGGGAGCUUUAUUCCCCGGCCAGACUUUCCAGGCCCUAGACACCCAGAGCCCUUGAGGCGACCUUCUCAAGGUCUGCCAACUCAGCUACCUUUGCAUCCAAACGUGGAACAAGGGCCACCAUCUCAGCAAGACCAGAGUCAUCCUGUCCCUUCAUCUUCUUUGGUCAUGAGGUCCCUGAGUCACCCAUUGGGCGGUGACUUUUCGGAGGCCUCUUUGUCAGCAUCUACACCUGCUGAGACAACAUCGGAUAAUUUGCAGGUAACCACCCAAUCUUCAGAUGGUCUUGAAGAAAAGCUUGAUACUGAUGACCCGUCUGUAAAGGAGCUAGAUGUCAAAGACCUGGAGGGGGUUGAAGUCAAAGACUUGGAUGAUGAAGAUCUUGAAAAUUUAAAUCUAGACACAGAGGACGGCAAGGGAGAUGAAUUGGAUACUUUAGGUAAUUUGGAAGCUAAUGACCCCAACCUGGAUGACCUCUUAAGGUCAGGAGAAUUUGAUAUCAUUGCAUACACAGAUCCAGAACUUGAUCUAGGAGAUAAGAAAAGCAUGUUUAAUGAGGAAUUAGACCUUAACGUUCCCAUCGAUGAUAAGAUAGAUAAUCCGUGUGUAUCUGUUGAACCAAAAAACAAGGAGCAAGAAGACAAAACUGUGGUUCCUUCUGAUCAACAUUCUCCCUGGAAAAAGCCCACGGGCAACGGUGAGAUAAAAACGGAAGUGCUGUCUCCGGAUUCUAAAGCGGAGGCCAGAUGUGACAGCGAGAAAAACAGCGAGGGUAAAGACAGCGCCGGCACCCCCAGCUCACAGGCUUCGGCUCACACAGAUGGCGCUGACGGGGACAAGGCUGCUCUGCAGGCCUGUGACGCGGACCUGCCCGAGAAGAGAACGCGAGAGGCUGCCGGCCCCGCUCAGCUGCCAGCCGAGGGCGUGAUGAGCUCGUGCGGCAUAACGGCGUCGACGCCGGUUCUCUCGAGUUUACUUGCUAAUGAGAAAUCUGACAGUUCCGACGUUAGGCCACUAGGCUCUCCACCACCAACGCUGGCCGCCUCCCCAUCUGGUCACGCGUCAGGUUUGCCGCCGCCUCUGCUGACACCGCCUGGGCACGUUGCGGAUAGUGCCGUGAACUCUAACGUGCCAGCGGCCUCUAGGGUAACCCGCACUCUUCCUCAGGGUGUGCAGGUCAACCCGGGCUUCAUCCAGGGCCAGUCAACAGCGAACCACGGUUUUGGGGCCGGAAACCCUGCAAACCAAGCCGUGCCUCUCACGAGCCCGUCAGGUCCCGGCGGCCUGUGCGGACCGCAGCAGCUGGUGGCCCCUCCAGCGCUGGCCCAGCAGAGCCGGGAGCGGCCCCUCCUGCUGGAGGAGCAGCCUCUGCUCCUGCAGGACCUUCUGGACCAGGAGAGGCAAGAGCAGCAGCAGCAGAGACAGAUGCAGGCCAUGAUCCGCCAGCGGUCAGAGCCGUUCUUCCCGAACAUCGAUUUUGAUGCAAUUACAGAUCCUAUAAUGAAAGCCAAAAUGGUGGCCCUUAAAGGCAUAAAUAAAGUAAUGGCACAAAACAACAUGGGCAUGCCGCCCAUGGUCAUGAACAGGUUCCCCUUCAUGGGCCCGUCGGUGGCUGCAGCGCAGACCGGGGAAGGCCAGAGUCUCCUCCCGCAGGCCAUGACGCAGGAUGGCAGUAUAACACAUCAGAUUUCUAGGCCUAAUCCUCCAAAUUUUGGUCCAGGCUUUGUCAAUGACUCACAACGUAAGCAGUAUGAAGAAUGGCUUCAGGAGACCCAGCAGCUUCUUCAGAUGCAGCAGAAAUAUCUUGAAGAACAAAUUGGCGCACACAGAAAAUCUAAGAAGGCCCUUUCUGCAAAACAGCGUACUGCCAGGAAAGCAGGGCGGGAAUUUCCAGAAGAGGAUGCGGAACAACUCAAGCAUGUUACGGAGCAGCAGAGCAUGGUUCAGAAACAGCUAGAACAGAUCCGUAAACAGCAGAAGGAGCACGCCGAGCUGAUAGAAGAUUAUCGGAUCAAGCAGCAGCAGCAGCAGCAGCAGCAGCAGCAGCAGCAGCAGUGUGCGAUGGCCCCGCCCCCCAUCAUGCCAGGCGUCCAGCCCCAGCCUCCCCUCGUUCCGGGGGCCGCCCCGCCUGCCCUGAGCCAGCCCGGCUUCCCCAUGGGGCCUCCGCAGCUGCAGCACCAGCAGCACCCAGGGGUGAUUUCCGGUCACGCCAACCCAGCCCGAAUGCCCAGUUUACCGGGGUGGCAGCCCGCCGGUGCUCCUGCCCACCUGCCCCUCAACUCUGCUAGGGUCCAGCCUCCGGUUGCCCAGUUACCAAUAAGAACUUGCACGCCGGCUCCAGGGACGGUGUCUGGUGCAAGUCCACAGGGUGGACCGCCCCCGCGCGUGGAAUUUGAUGACAAUAACCCCUUCAGUGAAAGUUUCCAGGAGCGAGAGCGGAAGGAACGUUUACGAGAGCAGCAGGAGAGACAGCGGAUCCAGCUCAUGCAAGAGGUGGACAGACAGAGGGCUCUGCAGCAGGGCGUGGGCGUGCAGCCACAUGGCCCCAUGCGGCCCCAGCUCCCCUUCUACAGCUCCGACCUGCCCUGCGACUUUCCCCAGCCUCCCCGGCCCCUUCAGCAGUCUCCGCAGCACCAACAGCAAAUGGGGCAGGGCUCCCAGCAGCAGAGUAUACAGCAGGGGUCUAUUAAUUCCCCUCCCACCCAAACGUUCCUGCAAACCAGUGAGCGAAGGCAGGUAGGGCCUCCUUCAUUUGUUCCUGACUCACCCUCAAUUCCUGGUGGAGGCCCCAAUUUCCAUUCUGUCAAGCAGGUACAUGGAGGUCUUUCCGGGGCCAGCUUCCAGCAGUCCCCAGUGAGGGCUCCCUUUACCCCCGCGACACCUGCAGUUGGCAGUAGCAGUGUCCCGUGUGGCCAAGACCCCGCUGCCACCCACGGACAGAGUUUCCCCGGAUCAGCCCAGUCGCUGAUUCAGUUGUAUUCUGACAUAAUCCCAGAAGAGAAGGGGAAGAAGAAAAGAACCAGAAAGAAGAAGAAAGACGACGACGUGGACUCUACCAAGGCGCCGUCCACCCCCCACUCCGAUAUAACCGCUCCCCCGACCCCCAGUGUCUCAGAAACUACCUCCACGCCCACCGUGAACACGCCCGGCGAGCCUCCGCAGCCAGGAGAGCCCGAGCUGGCGGAGCCCGGCUGCCCACCGGCUCCCAGCACGGCCGCCGGCCAGCUGUGUGCAGAGUUCGAGAACCGGCCGCCCCGUGGUGACCUAGCGCCCGGAACUCCGAGCCACCAGGCUUACUCGGAGGCUGAGGCCGAGAAGCGCUCCGUGGAGACACCUGCCUCAGCUGAGGAGGUGAAGUUGGAGACCGCCGAGCGCCCCCAGGGCCCCGGCCACGACGGGCCUGACCUGGAGGAGCGGGCCGGAAACCAGGCCGAGGACGGCGCAGGGGCUGGUCCUGUGUCCUCGGGGCAGAGCCCGCCCCAUCCUGCAGGGGCCGCUGCCGCCAAAGCCGAUUCAGGCAACGAACUUCUGAAACACCUGCUGAAGAAUAAAAAGACAUCUUCCCUCUUAAGUCAAAAACCUGAAGGCAGCUUUUGUUCCGAAGAGGAGUGUACGAAGGACAAAGUGGUGGAGAGGCCGAGCCCGGUCCCCGGAUCGCAAACUCUGGGGGCUCCGGCGCAAGGUGCUUUUGGAUGUGGCAGCACCCCGUUGCCAAAACCAGACGCAGGCAGUGAGACCAAGAAACCGCGCAGCAAGCGGACUCAGAGGGCGGGGGAGAAGGCCGCCCCGCGCUCCAAGAAAAGGCGGAAGGACGAAGAGGAGAAGCGGGCCUUGUCCUCUGCCGCCGACACCUUCACGCACCUGAAGCAGCAGCUCUCUCUGCUCCCUCUAAUGGAACCAAUCAUUGGAGUGAACUUUGCGCACUUUCUUCCUUAUGGCAGUGGCCAAUUUAAUAGUGGGAACCGACUUCUAGGAACUUUUGGCAGUGCCACCCUUGAAGGGGUUUCGGAUUACUAUUCUCAGUUGAUCUACAAGCAGAAUAAUUUAAGUAAUCCUCCAACACCCCCUGCCUCUCUUCCUCCUACACCACCUCCUAUGGCUUGUCAGAAGAUGGCAAAUGGUUUUGCGACAACUGAAGAACUUGCUGGAAGAGCUGGCCUGCUGCUGAGCCAUGAAGUUACCAAAAGUCUUGGGCCCAAAGCAUUUCAGCUGCCCUUCCGACCGCACGAUGACUUGUUAGCCAGAGCCGUGGCUCAGGGCCCGAAGACCGUGGAUGUGCCCGCCUCGCUCCCGACGCCGCCUCAUAACAACCAGGAGGAACUCAGGAUCCAGGCGCACGGUGGCGAUCGGGACUCUCCGGACAGUUUCGUCCCCUCGUCCUCUCCUGAGAGUGUGGUCGGGAUGGAAGUGAGCAGAUACCCCGAUCUGUCGCUGGUCAAGGAGGAGCCCCCAGAGCCUGUGCCGUCCCCCAUCAUUCCGAUUCUCCCCAGCAGUGCCGGGAAAGGUUUGGAAUCUAGAAGGAAUGACAUUAAGACUGAGCCUGGCACUUUAUUUUUCACACCACCAUUUGGUUCCUCUCCAAAUGGUCCCAGAUCGGGUCUUAUAUCUGUGGCAAUUACUCUGCAUCCUGCGGCUGCUGAGAACAUUAGCAGCGUUGUGGCUGCGUUUUCCGACCUUCUCCACGUCCGAAUCCCUAACAGCUAUGAGGUCAGCAAUGCUCCCGAGGUCCCGUCUGUGGGCCUGGUCAGCAGCCACAGAGCAGACCCGGCUCUGGAGUGUCGACAGCACGUGUUUGUCCGUGGGCCUCCGCCAGGAUCUGCAAACCCUCCCCGCUCAGCCAGCUCCUACCGGCUGAAGCCGCCCAGCGCGCCCUACCGCCCAGCGGGCGACGGUCUUUGUGGAUACAAGGAGGCCACGCAUGCCACGGCAGAAGGCACGGCUCUCAGACCCCAGUGGUGCUGUCACUGCAAAGUGGUUAUUCUUGGAAGCGGCGUGAGGAAGUCUUUCAGAGACCUGGCCUUUGCCAACAAGGAUUCCCGAGAAAGCCCCCACCGAGUGGAGAAGGACGUCGUCUUCUGUAGUAAUAACUGCUUCGUUCUUUAUGCCUCAACCACACAAGCGAAAAACUCAGACAGCAAGGAACCCGCUCCUCCGCUGCCCCAGUCGCCCGGAAGAGAGCCGCCUGCCAAAGCGGUUCACCAGUACAGCAACAACACCUCCACCCUGGAUGUGCACCGCCUCCCGCAGCUCCAGGAGGAGGCGUCCCCGCCCGCGUCCCCGCCCAUCACGUUCCCUCCGGCCUUCGAAGCGGCCAAAGUGGAGGCAAAGCCAGACGAGCUUAAGGUAACAGUCAAGUUGAAGCCUCGGCUCAGGACCGUCCACGGCGGCCUCGAGGACUGCCGGCCGCUCAGCAAGAAGUGGAGGGGGAUGAAGUGGAGGAAGUGGAGCAUUCACAUCGUGCUGCCCAAGGGGACGUUCAAGCCCCCCUGCGAGGACGAGAUCGACGAGUUCUUGAAGAAGCUGGGCACCUCCCUGAAACCCGACCCUGUGCCCAGGGACUACCGCAAGUGUUGCUUCUGCCAUGAGGAAGGUGACGGGUUGACGGACGGCCCGGCCCGGCUGCUCAACCUUGACCUGGACGUGUGGGUCCACCUGAACUGUGCGCUCUGGUCCACGGAGGUCUACGAGACCCAGGCCGGCGCCUUGAUAAACGUGGAGCUGGCGCUGAGGCGGGGCCUGCAGAUGAAGUGUGUCUUCUGCCACAAGAUGGGCGCCACCAGCGGGUGUCACCGGUUUCGGUGCACCAACAUUUACCACUUCACUUGCGCCAUUAAAGCACAAUGCAUGUUUUUCAAGGACAAGACGAUGCUGUGUCCCAUGCACAAACCAAAGGGGAUCCACGAGCAGGAGCUGAGCUACUUCGCCGUCUUCAGGCGGGUCUACGUGCAGCGCGACGAGGUGCGGCAGAUCGCCAGCAUCGUGCAGCGCGGCGAGCGGGACCACACCUUCCGCGUGGGCAGCCUCAUCUUCCACACCAUCGGCCAGCUGCUGCCGCAGCACAUGCCAGCCUUCCACUCCGCGAAGGCGCUCUUCCCCGUGGGCUACGAGGCCAGCCGCCUGUACUGGAGCACACGCUACGCCAACCGCCGCUGCCGCUACCUGUGCUCCAUCGAGGAGAAGGAGGGCCGCCCGGUGUUCGUCGUCCGAAUCGUGGAGCAGGGCCACGAGGACCUCGUCCUGAGCGACUCCUCCCCUAAAGGUGUUUGGGAUAAAAUUUUGGAGCCCGUGGCCUGUGUGAGAAAACAGUCUGAAAUGCUCCAGCUCUUUCCAGCAUAUCUGAAGGGAGAGGACCUGUUCGGGCUGACGGUGUCCGCGGUGGUGCGGAUCGCGGAGUCCCUGCCCGGGGUUGAGGCGUGCGAGAACUACACCUUCCGCUACGGCCGCAACCCGCUCAUGGAGCUCCCGCUGGCCGUCAACCCCACCGGCUGCGCCCGCUCGGAGCCGAAAAUGAGUGCCCAUGUCAAGAGGUUUGUGUUAAGACCGCACACCCUGAACAGCACCAGCACCUCCAAGUCCUUUCAGAGCACGGUCACCGGCGAGCUGAACGCGCCCUACAGCAAGCAGUUCGUGCACUCCAAGUCCUCGCAGUACCGCCGGAUGAAGGCCGAGUGGAAGUCCAACGUGUACCUGGCGCGCUCCCGCAUCCAGGGGCUGGGCCUGUAUGCCGCUAGAGACAUCGAGAAGCACACCAUGGUCAUCGAGUACAUCGGGACCAUCAUCCGGAACGAAGUCGCGAACAGAAAAGAGAAGCUGUACGAGUCUCAGAACCGCGGCGUGUACAUGUUCCGCAUGGACAACGACCACGUGAUCGACGCCACGCUCACCGGAGGGCCUGCCAGGUACAUCAACCAUUCGUGUGCGCCGAACUGUGUGGCUGAAGUGGUGACUUUUGAGAGGGGACACAAAAUUAUCAUCAGCUCCAACAGGAGGAUCCAGAAAGGAGAGGAGCUGUGCUAUGACUACAAGUUCGACUUCGAGGACGACCAGCACAAGAUCCCGUGUCACUGCGGGGCCGUCAACUGCCGCAAGUGGAUGAACUGAACGCGGCCGGCGGCGGGCGGCUCGUCCCCACGGAGAAGCGACGCGGUGCGCCGAGUGACUUCUGCAGACAGAAAGAGAUUCUCGUUUUCUGUUGUGUGACUGUUUGAAACGCGGUCCUGGGGGUCCCGGCUUCCGCAGCGGCCCUGGGGCGGGAGCCGCGCCGGGGCGGCCCGGACGGUCCAGCACUUUUGUUUUCCGCUUUCUCUUCCCUUCCUCCUUUCCGUGGGCGGGUUUUGUUCUGUUUCGUUUUGUUUUCGAGUCUCACCGAGGAGAAACGUUUACUGGGGCGCAGAGCCGCGGGCUGCGGGCCCCAGGGUGGGGGCUUCCUAUGAAUGUAAGACUGACAUCACCAGCGAAAGGGAGACGCGUCCGGAGUGCUGGCCACACGCGGCCUUAUCUGAGAAGGGGCGGGCCCUCUGAUUUAAAGUUUUUUAAAAUAAAGUAGACACCACUGAACAAGGAAUGUACUGAAGUGACUUCCUUAGGGACAGAGCUAAGGGGCGAUAACUUGCACUAAAAUACAUUUAAAUACUUGAUUCCAUGAGUCAGUUUAUUGUAGUUUUUGAUUUCUGUAAAAUAAGAGAAACUUUUUGUAUUUAUUAUUGAAUAAGUGAAUGAAGCUAUUUUUAAAUAAAAGUUAGAGGAAAGCCAAGCUGCUGCUGCUACCUGCAGAACUAACAAACUGUUACUUUGUACAAAUGUGUAAAUAUUUUGAGAAGAAAAAAAUACAGUAUAAAAAUAGUAUUGACCAAAUGCUACCAGGCUCCGCAGCAGCUCGGUGCUUACAAACUGUUCACGGGGAUGUUACAAUACGACUUUGUGUUAUUAAAUAUGCCAUGAUCAUUAUGUAAUAACCAAAAUUUCAACCUAGAGUAUUUGGGGUUUUUUGGAAACUACAGUCUAUUAGUACUUAAUUGUUUUAUACACCUUCCGACGGAACGGAGUGUGGGCUGUGACUCCAACUUUUAUAGCUGUUUUGGUAAUUUAAACUAAUGUUUUCAUAUUCUAUUGUUGCAUCCCUACUUCUUCAGGUUUUUUUGUGCUUACAAUUUGUGAUAACUGUGAAUAACUGCUUUGAAACACCCCGAACGGAGGCUGAACUUUUCUUCAGCAAAAGUAGUUUUGAUUAGAACUUUGUUUCAAGCCACAGAGAAUCAUGUAAACAUUCUAGAUCACGCUAGACCGCGUCGCAGGGCUCCAGUCUAACUCUCUAGCCUUCUAUUCAACACAAACGUUUGGGAAAAAAAAAAAAAAAAAAGAAAAAAGAAAAAAAAAAAAGGAGAGAUUCGAUCAUGCUCGCGGCUGCAGGACCCGGGCCAAUAGGGUUUUGGAGGAGGUGAUUUUAAAAUGUGUUUGUAUGAACUGUUUGUUUACAUUUCUUUAAUAAAAUAAAGAAAAACACACUGUUUUGUGUUUGCUUGUAGAAAUUUAAUCAGCAUUUUGAACCAGGUUAGCUUUUUUUUUUUUUUUUUUUUUUUUUUUUUUUUUUUUUUUUUUUUUUUUUUUUUUUUUUUUUUUUGUACUUAAGAUUCUGGUACUGACACUUCACAGGCUAAGUGUAAAUGGAGUUUCUGUGUGCACAAUUCACGUGGGCUGUAAACUGUCGGUUUAUCAGUGACGCGGUUCUGAACUUGUAUAUGGCAUGAUGUAUUUUUAUCUUACAAAAUAAAUCAAUUGUAUAUAUUUUUCUCUUGAUAAAUAGCUGUAUGAAAUUUGUUUCUUGAAUAUUUUUCUUCUCUUGUACAAUAUUCUGACGUCCUACCAGUAUUUGUCCUACCGGGCUUUUGUUUUCUGUUCUGUAUAAUAGUACCUAAUGUUGGCAAAAAUUGAAUUUUUUGAAGUAUACAGAGUGUUAUGGGUUUUGGAAUUUGUGGACACAGAUUUAGAAGAUCACCAUUUACAAAUAAAAUAUUUUACAUCUAUGGAA